AUGGAGGGUUCUAGGCAACAAACUCGCGAGAGCAUUCUAGGUCAAAUCCCAGACACCAUACAGAGUUUCCUUCAAACGGUUGAUACAAGGGCAAUUCGAAUACUUGGUGAUACUCCUAACAGCGUUCUCGAUCCCGGAGACUAUCUGGGGUCUGUACGUCCGUUUGUGUCAAAAGUCGAAAGCUCUCUCCGCCAACAUUGCCCAGAUAAUCAAACUUCCUUCCUCGCCGUCAACAUCUAUCCCGGGCACCACUCUUAUUUCGUGCUCGACCUCAACAACGUCCACUACGAUUAUGAGACUGCUCAUAAUGAUAUGUGUCCAAUACCUGUCUAUGUCCUUCGCCUAUCGAAAAGAAAACCUACAAUCUUUAGAAGGGAAGCCUUGGAUAAGACGCUUGCUGAGACACUUGCAUCGAUGCACAAUGGACAUGGCCACGAGCCUCUGCCCUUGUUUGACAAUUAUAACGAAAUUGUUCAAUACCGCAACCCGCGCAGCCUUGAGUCUUGA